AUAAAUGGGCCGAGCCCUAAAGAAAUUGUUGAAGAGGGUUAGAUGGAAUAGGGUAUUUAAACAAAAUUAGGGUUUCACUCGUUUUCUCUCUCUCUCUCUCACAACUUCACUAGUCGUCUGAAUCGGAGCUACGCUUGCAAACUCCAAUCAUGGCGAGAGGUUUGAAGAAGCAUUUGAAGAGGCUCAAUGCCCCUAAGCAUUGGAUGCUUGACAAACUCGGUGGUGCUUUUGCCCCCAAGCCAUCUUCUGGACCCCACAAGUCGAGGGAGUGCCUUCCCCUCGUUCUUAUCAUCAGGAACAGGUUGAAGUACGCUCUCACCUACCGUGAGGUCAUCUCCAUCUUGAUGCAAAGGCACAUCCAGGUUGAUGGCAAAGUCAGGACUGACAAGACCUACCCUGCUGGUUUCAUGGAUGUUGUCUCUAUCCCCAAGACUAACGAGAACUUCCGUCUUCUCUAUGACACCAAGGGUCGUUUCCGUCUCCACUCCAUCAGAGAUGAGGAAGCCAAGUUUAAGCUUUGCAAGGUUCGAACUAUCCAGGUCGGACAGAAGGGUAUUCCUUACCUCAACACAUACGAUGGUCGCACCAUCCGUUACCCUGACCCACUCAUCAAGCCUAAUGACACCAUCAAGCUCGACCUGGAGGAGAACAAGAUUGUGGACUCCAUCAAGUUUGAUGUCGGCAAUGUUGUGAUGGUGACUGGAGGAAGAAACAGAGGGCGUGUUGGUGUGAUUAAGAACCGUGAGAAGCAUAAGGGAAGCUUCGAGACAAUCCACAUCCAAGACUCUACAGGACAUGAGUUUGCAACACGGUUGGGAAAUGUCUUCACCCUCGGCAAAGGAACUAAGCCCUGGGUUUCUCUUCCUAAGGGUAAAGGUAUUAAGCUCACCAUCAUCGAGGAAGCCAGGAAGAGGCUCGCUGGCCAACAAGCUGCUUAAGUUUUCGACUUUCAGCUCUUUAUCAUGUCGUUUUAGAUGACUUUUGUUUCCUUAGACUCUCACUUUGCAUCUUUUGGUUUGCUACUCAGUUUUGGAACUUAAGUUAUUUUAUCUAUUUCAAGAGUUUUAAAACA